UCUCCAUUCACAUAAAACGACUGGGGGAGACCUUCGGUAGAUUCGAGCAUGCACCACACAAGACACAAUUCAAUCCCCACGAUCCCCUCCAGAUUAAAACACUUCUACCUGAUUAUGAUCCACCGUUGCAGGUGGAGGAUAGAAUUCCCAGGAGGGUAAUUGGUAAAGGAAAGAAACGUAAAUGGGAUUCACUGUCCGAUAGUGUGAGUGAGGCUUAUUUUUAUUCUGACGCUGAGACACUAGCUGGGGAUUUCAAUGAGGAUGAUGAAGAGGACGAUGAUGAUGAUGGAAAGGAGUCACCGAGGAAGAGGAAGAGAUCGCUGACACCAGGACUCCCUGAGGCACCGAUCCCUGGGAAACGUUCUAGGCAGAUUAAAGUGAGUAAACCUACACCCAGGAGAGGAUCUGCGGGGAAGGGUAUGAGGGGCGGGAGGAGGAGUGCUAAUUUUGAGAGGGAAAGCAGGGGAAGGGGAUCAGGGCAUGGGAGGAGCACCAGGCAGGCGUCAGAGAGGAUCAGCAGAAGGCCCAGGAGUACUGUCGGGGAGAUGAAGAACGAGGAAGCUGGGAAUAAUGAAGAAAUAGCGGGGAAAGUGGCGGAGAAGAUGGAGAGGAUGCAAAAGAUCCCACAAAUGGAAAAGAUAGAGAAGCUAGAGGAGAAGCAGGAAAAGCAGGGGUUGGAGAGGAAACAUAGAAGGGCCAAGAAGAGUUUUCCUAAUAAACCACCAGGGAUUGGAGCUUCUACUGGGCAGAGACCGCAGGUGAAAUCACCAGUGAAAUUGGAGAAGAGUUUUGGUGUUCCAGCAGAUGCUGGACCUCUUAGCUCGUUGAUCAGCAAGGGUGCUGACACUCUGGCUAAGCAAAUGGGUUUAAUUAUUGAGGAGAGUAUCAAACAGGCCACUCAGGGGGAAGGACCUGUGGCUGGAAUUGUUGGAGCUGAUCGAGCUAUUAUUUUCGACAUGAAGCUCAGGAUGGAGAGGAUCAAGUGGGAGCAUCAACAGGAAAUUGCUGAGUUGAAGCAGAUUUCAGAAAAAACAUGGAGAGAAGACAAGGCAGUUAUGGAGACCGAGCACUUGCGUGCCCUGGAGGAGCUACGGAAGACCUUAGAAGAGGAGAAAUUCAUAUGUAUAGCAGAGACAAAGGGGAAGCAGUGGUGCGUUGGUUGUGGUGUUGAGGCCUGCAUGAACUGCUGCUGGAACACGUCCUACUGCAGUGAGAGCUGCCAAGAAUUGGACUGGAGGAAACACCAGACAAAGUGCAUGCGACGAAAAUCGAUAACAAAUAGAUCAGUUGCGAGUACCAGUCGAGUCAAUGGACAGAAAGAGCAAUCAGAGGCAAUUCCCAAGUCAAUGAGUACUCCGAACACCACGUCUUACGUUCGUGGAGCUUGAAUCAAUCAUUUAUUGCUGUUUUUUUUUUUUCUCUUGGAAUUGUCUGACCACUCAAUCGAUUUUAGAACAGCACUGAAUUGUUUUUCUUUUUUGUAAAAAUUACCAGUAUUUUUUAGGUAUAAUCUCUGUAAAAUCGUUGGGAGAUUGGAAUACAGUGAAUAAUAUUUACUGCCUUUUUUUUUA